AUGGUCGUAGAAUGUUUGCUCUAUGGGUUAUUUCUGUGUUAUAAUUUUCACAUCGCCACGAAACUUGAUUGGCUUUCUCAUGCUUCCAACUAUUGGAUAUGCGAUGCAAUCAUAAAAGGUGACAGAGCCAGGGAUAUUAGUAACACAUUGCAUGGAGAGAUAAGUUGGGACUGUGAUGCUUCUUUGAUUGACUGGGUGCUUAAUAAUUACAUGCAAUAUAUGGAGCCUCGUUUUCUGGUAGUUAAAGAUGCUGAUGUAUACAAGGAAGGGCCAUAUCGUUGGAUUUCAGUCACAUCGAGAAAUAUGGAAAUAAGUGGCUUCCAGACUAUACCUGCAACGACGUCAUCUGUAUUUUUGGCAUUUGAAAGAUUCAAUCACUCAUCAAUUUUACCAAAUGGCAUGUUUGAAAAUGCCAGCAACCUUGGUGUGUUAGUUCUCUGUUCUUGUGCCUUCAACUUUGCAUCACCUCCUUUCCGAAGGUGUCAAAGCCUCAGAUUCCUUGGAUUGGACCACUGCACAACUAGCAAAAUAGGUGAAGAAGAAAAUCAUAAUCAUACAGAAUGGGCAUGCUUGUAUAACCUUUUGGUGCUGGACCUCCGCUACACAGACUGGGAUGAAAUCUUACAUGUGGAGAAAAUGAGUCUGAUGACAAAUAUUACAGAACUAAAUAUAGAAGGAGUCAGAUGUUGGCAGUAUACAGCUCAGCUACAAGGACGGCUACCUAACCUUCAGAGGCUCCGAAUAACCAGACCAACAUGUCCAUGGGUGACGUCAAAUGAUGUUGAUGACUCAUUUAUAGACAAGACAUGCAUGGAAAUACUUGAUUUGUCGGGGAACAGUGACAUGAAAAAUCUUCCAGCAAGCCUAUCAAAAGCGAGCAGCCUUCAGAUGCUCGUACUUGAUGGCUGUGAUGGACUGGAAAAUGUUGGUGUCCCUAGCCGGCUACCGGCUUCCCUCAGGUGCUUCAGCUUUGAUGGAUAUGGCCCUGCUUCCCAGCGUACACUAACUAUUGAGCUACCUCCGAAACACUUUCGCCCGUCUACUGCAGAAGAUGAGAAGGAUAUCAGGACCUCCAAGAUCUCCCUAGAAGGAUGCACUGAAUUGGAUAAUCUGUUUGUGCGUGGGCUAAACAACCUCGUGGAACUGGACCUCUCAGGAACAGCAAUCAAGAUACUUGACUUCAAGACCAUGGUGGUGCAAGUCCCAAGGCUGAAGCGGCUCUUUCUAAUAGGAUGCAAGCACCUUCGUGCAAUCAUUUCUUUGCACGAGACCAGUCUGGAGUUGAUGUGCAUAGAUACACGGGCUGGAAUCAUGCGUCCUCGACCCUCCAUCGACACAAAUAAAUGCUUCCGGUUGAAGGUGCAUGCUAUUGUUGUGGAUGCUAGGAUUGCUUACUCUUUUAAUAAAUUAUUAUAUCCUUAUUCAGGUCUAGUUGAGGAUAUUUAUUAUAAUAUCCAUAUCACUUCCUCACCCCGCGUGUAUGAUGGGGUUGUUCAAUUUGAAGAAACCAACAACGAGAAGUUUGACCUCUAUGAUCAAGGGAGCUUGCAACAGCUUAUUCCAGCAUGCAAGUACAGUGAUAUCCUUAGCAUGGUUGAAGAUCCCCCGAUGCUAGCUUUCCCGCAACCUCCGGCUACAAAGCUAGACCGACAUAUGGAGAUUGCUGAAGGGAGCUGCUACUUGGAAAGAGAACCGGAGGGAGCACUAGGUCAGCUGAUGCGGACUGCCGAAUCCUUGUAUUUGCACGAUGUCUCGAUACAUGCUAUUAUUCCCGAUGAUCAGCGGCUGUGGAAGCACCUUAGGUGGUGCCGCGUGGAAAGGUGCCCCAAGUUGGAUACCGUCUUCCCUUCAAGGAGCUAUGGAUUUUCUACAUUGCAGACCUUGUGGGCAUCAGAUCUCCUAAUGGCCCGCUGCAUUUGGAGUAAAGUUCCACGCCUUUUCUCCGGAAGUUUCUUCGAAAAUUUACAUCACCUCCACCUGCAAUCAUGUCCCAGGCUCCAAUUCGUGUGCCCUGUGUGGUACUCCUCCGUCCCCUGCUUGGAGACGCUCCACAUCAUCCACUGCGGCGAUCUCGUGCACCUCUUUGAGGUGGAUGGACGCAACCGCAAGAAAAUAAUCUCCGUCGGCGUGACGACCCGCAAGAAAAUAAUCUCCGUCGGCGUACUAUUCCCAAAGCUGACGACCAUCCACCUGCAUGACCUCCCGAAGCUCCAGAAGAUAUGCGACGUCAAGAUGGUGGCUCCUGCGCUCGAGAGCAUCAAGAUCAGGGGAUGCUGGGGCCUGCGCAGGCUUCCAUCCGUGGGGGCCCGUGCCCACGGCGAGAAGAAGCCGACCGUAGAGAUCGAGAAGGACGUGUGGGACGCUCUGGAGUUUGACGCCGGCCACCGCCGGGACCACUUCGAGGCGCCCGUCCACUCGUGCUACUACAAGAAUAAAAAAUUGCCCAGGGUCUCCUUCCUCAGGUACGAUGCUACUGAAUCCACCUUUGCUGUUUUAGUUCUGCACUGCUCCUGUUCAUUCAGUUAG